GACAGGACAGACGACGAUUAGAAUAAAGCACGAACAGGACGGGGACGAUGUGUGAAGAGACAACGGCAGACGAAGCCGCGGUGCCGGGAGGGCUGCUGGGAGGACGGGAGACGGCCUCCGCGGCCAACGGCUGUGCCCGGCGGGCAGAUGCCGGCAGGCCGCGGGGCGCCAUGGCGGACGGUUACCGGCUGUGGGCUCCCUCGCCCUUGGACGAGUCGCUGGGCUGGCUGCGGGGAACGCGGCCGCAACCUCCGCCCGCCGCCUCGGCGCACCCCUUCCGCUGGGCCGGCCUGCAAGCGGCGGCGGGCGGGCAGCGGGGCGGCGGGGCCGCGUUGCCGCGGCCGCAAGCCGUGAGGUUGCAGAGCCUCGACGCCGUCUUCGAGCGGCUGGUGACGGCGCAGCCGCCGCGCCGGAUCGGCGUCCUGCGCGUUUCGGAGCGCUCGGCUUUCUGCAGGGUGGUCGACCCGCGGAGGUGGCGGGCCCGCGGGCUGCGGGAGGCGGAAGCGAGGGUGGUCGCCGCCAUGUGCCAGCAGAUGAUGCGCGCCAUCCUGCUGCUGUACGCCGCCUACAAGAAGUGCGCCUUCGUCCUGCAGCACGCCCACUGAGCGCCGGCGGAACGCAGCUCGGCGGGGCUGCCUUCGAGCCGCGCCCGGAGCUCUCACACUUGGAAGCCCCGCUGAGGCUGA